UCAGUAGCAGACGACGGGACGGUAGCAGACAGCGCGUAGCUGGCGUCGCUCGCGGGCGCUCGGUCGCGAGCGUUUGAAUCGGCGAAAUCGAGGGAGGCAUUUAACGCGUCGUGGUGCUCGCGCGAGGUGCGUGCCGUGGUGUGUCGUGUGAUACGCGUCGUGGGAUACGUCGUGCGAUUACAUAGGUGCCAGGCGAGCGAGCGAGCGAGCUAACCCCGUACGACCAUGGAUCCCGAGGCGUUCCUGGACAUGGCCAACCAGGUCAUCAAGCUGAAAAUGUUCCCGUACUUCGACAUAGCGCACUGCGUGCUGUGCGCGCUGCACGUCAGGGACGAUCUAGGACCCGGUGCACAAGCAUUUUCUCGUAAACAUCCUUUAUCAUGUUGGCUGUCUACAAUGUUGGUCGUUUUUGCAAGCGGUAUGCUGUGCAAUGGAUUAUUAGGAGAACCAAUUCUUGCACCUUUGAAAAAUACACCACAAGUGGUAGUUGCAACUAUUGUGUGGUAUGUGAUAUUUUACACACCGUUCGACAUUGGUUAUAAAGUAGCCAAAUUUUUACCAGUAAAAAUAGUAUGUUCUGCUAUGAAAGAAAUUUACAGGUGUAAAAAGGUGUACGAUGGAGUGACUCACGCAGGAAAACUUUAUCCAAAUGCAUAUCUUAUUAUGAUAUUGAUUGGAACGCUCAAAGGUAACGCAGCUGGAUUUACAAAAUUGUUUGAGCGUCUUAUACGUGGCGUAUGGACACCGACUGCGAUGGAAUUCAUGCAACCCAGUUUCGCCACAAAAGCAUCCAUGGUUGCAUCAAUUAUUUUUGUGCUAGACAAAAAGACUGAUCUCAUUUCUGCACCUCAUGCUCUUGUGUACUUCGGCAUUGUCAUCUUCUUCGUUUAUUUCAAGUUAUCAUCAAUUUUGCUUGGCAUUCACGAUCCAUUUGUACCGUUUGAAAAUUUGUUCUGCGCCUUAUUCCUGGGAGGAAUUUGGGACUCGCUGGCUAAAUUGUUGGGUCGUGGUCAAGUUAAAGACGAGAAAGCGGAUGCAAAAAAAGCAAAUUAAAUAAUAAUAAAUACCAGAGUUGGGAACGGUACCUUAAAAAAGUAACGCGUUACUGUUACU